CGCAGCAUUUUUUUUCCUCUCUUGCGCGUAUCGAAACAAAAACAAGCGGAGAGCGCGCGGUCACAUGUAGUGCGUCCAGCGGCAGCAGAACAAAAAGGAGAAGAAGAAGGAAGCGCCAGUCGGUGUCAGCACUGUCGGUGUCCAGGAAGCAGCGGCUCCCCUCCAGCUCCUCCGGCUCCUCCGGCUCCAGCCGCCGCACGGUGCGCUCCACAUAUGGUUCUCCUCCGGCACAUCUCCAUCGCCCUGACCGCCGCCGUGGCUGCCCUGGGCUCCGCUCUCUUCAUCGCCUUGAACUUCUUCUACAAGAGGCGAAUAUGGUCACCACAGGCGGAGUACUGCACGAUCAAAGAGGAGGAGGAGGAACGUGGGAAGCGUCAAGUCCUCGUCCUCGGUCUGGACGGGGCCGGGAAGAGCAGCAUGUUGCAGGGUUUGACCCCAGGGGAGGCAGCGGCUAAGAGAGGCCGCUGCCGGCCCACCCGCGGCUUCAACUUCAUGAGCCUCAACGCCCCCGCCUGCCAGCUCGACUUCCUGGAGAUUGGUGGCGGGGAGGACCUGCGGCGGUACUGGUCGGACUACCUGAGAAAGACUCACGUUCUGGUGUAUGUGGUGGACUCCUCUGACAGAAGCCGCCUCCCAUUGGCCAAGGCUGAACUGCACCGCCUGCUGAGGGUGCAGCCCCAACUGCCCGUGGUCGUCCUGGGAAACAAGCAGGAUAAGCCCAAUGCUGUGAGCGUGUCGGAGCUGCAUGAAGCCUUGUCUCUGGGCUCCGUGACUGAGGACAGGAAGCUGUUCCUCUUGGCUGCCCAGCUGGGUUCUGAUGGAGCCCUGAGGAACUCCUGCCGGGGCCUGGACACCUUCCAGGACCUCCUUCUCCAGCUCGUCUGAUCUCAUCCCCCCUCAGAGAGCAGAGGAGGGAUGCAAACAAAGGGAUGGCUUAAAGCGAUCUUCCUCCUCCUCUUCCUCCGCCUUGUUUAAGCUGUGGCUUAUUUGAGGCAGAGGAGGAGGAGAUGGCGAACGCUUCGGGAACUGAUGCAGAGAAAUUACUGAAGAAGAGAUUGAGAAGAUGCCAAGACGGAGCGCAAAGCCUUGCGGUACCUCCUCGUCUUCCAUCUCACCCCUUUUCAAAUCGUGUCAGUUGGUGUCAGAAAUACUUAAGCUCAUCUCAUCAGACGAUUUCAUUCCACUCGUCUUACUCACCGGAGAGGAGGAGGUGCAGAGUGAGGAGGACGAGGACAGAAGGUGGGACAGAAGGAUGAAGGUUUGUUCAUGGAGUCUGUGACUCAGAACCACAAAGAUCACCUCCUGCCAAUGAUUCAGACUUUGGACUCGUCUGAAUGUCAACCUGUUACAGGUUUAUUUAAGCACGUAGAUUUCACUGUAUAGAAACUGAAAUGUGUCGAGUUUGUAGAUGCGUUUACAGAUUUCGUUUUCUGAAAACCUUUAGUGCGUGACCAGAGAAGUCGGCAGAGCAGAGCAGGUAAUAUUCACGGUUGCCAAGUUUGGAGUCUUUGGGGAAUAAUACUGCACCAGCUCGGUGAAUUCAUCGACGGGGUGUUUGGAAGAUACUCGCCGACUCCUACACUUACUGCUCUUCUCAUUCCUCUACCUUGUGCCUCCUUGUCUCCUUUCUCUUCCGUCCUCCUGCCUGUGACCUGGAAAUUAAUCUCAGCACCAUCUCGAAGGAUAUCUUAAUUUCUAAAAUGCAUCUCACUGAGUAGGAAGUAUGAGCGAGGAUGCACAGGUGUAUAUUCAGCAAAAGUCUUUUAAGCACACAUGACGUAUUAAAGAGGCGUGACACGCAGCUGAUAAUGCAGCUGUGCCACGCUUCAUAUUUAAUUAAUGUCGCUUUAAAAUGACAUCACUAAAGUACGGAUCUCUUAUUUUGGUAAAUACCUGUUACCUCAACUCCUCUCUACUCGUGUCUGCUCUGCUCCUAUCUCAGGCGGGAGUGACUAAGACGCAAGGAUUGGAGGAGAGGAAAGGAUUGAGGAUGUACACACGGAGAAAUGAGAAGAGGGAUUAGGCUUCUCAGAGAUCUAGGGGAAUUUUGUGAGGGAAUUUAAAGGGACCCUGGGAAAUUUCGAAAGCAGUGUUGUUUUUCUUGUCCAAAUUCUCGUGACGUUGAGAAAGUUUCUUUCCAUUUUGUGACUUUCUUCACAAGAGUGUGUUUUAACUUCAUUUGCAAGCAGUUCCUCUUCAGUUCGGUUUUAAGUCCCGACACAAAUUACAGCCAACUACCACAUAUCCCACAUAUUAGCUAAGUACAGUAAAUAUGCUAAACAUCGAAUUUCUUUAUCAGAUGACACUAUAAACAGAACGAUGUACAGACAAAAUCAGGAGUUAUACAAACUCAAUGCUCAUAAGGGAGAAACCUUUCAACAAUUGACCUAUGGCUAAGCCACGCCCCCCUCCACCGACUACUUCAGUGACCAGCGCUAUGGCAGGUGUCACAGUACACAGCAUUUCGCAGGAGGCAGGAUGAUUUUUGGAGAUGUGACGAUCAAAUUUUGGUUAAGGUUUUUGGCUCAGAAUAUGAGAAAAGGAUAACAGACUUUUUACCAUCUUUACCAAGAGUGUCUCUCCGUUAGUUUGGUUUACAUUAGCCAUGUUUCCAUCAGCCUGUUUAGAUGCACAUCUAAAAGUAUCGCAUUGGAAAAUUAUGAUGGAAACGCCAAAAUUCGAAUUAAAAUCCCCUGGUUCGCACAAACUAAAAUACGCUCGCUUUAGCCGGGUUUUGGUUGAUUUGAAAAAAUGUUGAUUCGCAAAACGGGGGAUGGAAACAGUUAUGUUCGAAUUAAGUCUGACGUAGUACACCUCUCUCCAUGGUGAUAUCCACACUCAUUUACAAGCUGGUUGCCAACCGCCAGAAAAUGUAGAAGAAGAAUAUGAGACUUGUUUUGUUUCCGGUUCUGCGGAACACUCGCACGAGUUCGUAGUUUUCACCAAAGUCCGUACAUUUAAUGGAAACACGCAGGAUUCGUAUUUCUUUUAAUGCGCGUUUCCCAGUGAUUCGAAUCGUUUUUGGAUGAAAACAUAGCUAUUGAAUCAUUCAGCAUAACAUUUGCCAAACUUUGUUAUCUCUGCCAUUCCAGAUAAGUUAAUGAAGCUAAGCUCCAGAAGUUAACGUUAGCUUAACUAGAGCCCUUUGGACAACAGCUAACAAUGAUGUACGAUCACCAAAGUACAAAACUAGAACAAAAUAGGCUAAUGAACUCCCAGCAAACAAGGUGACAUGAUGAACAACGCAGCUAGGAGCUAACGUUAGGCUAAAUUUAGCUAAUGUUAGCUAGAGAUGUUAAAGAUAACUUUAUAUUUCUUUCCAGCAAAGUGACAAUAUGUUGCCUCAAACACAAUGUUGACUUACCUUAGAACAGAUGUAGACAUCAUUGUUAAUCUUAUUCACGUUGAGUUGAUGUUGUGGUCUAACGUUACCACACAACUUUAUCCAAAGGAGACACUUUUCUCGCUUG